UGAUAACAAGAAAAAUAUUGGGAAAGCAGUUCUAGAAUCUGUCCAAAAUUCAACAUUAAGAAGCCACAAGAUAAUGAAAAUCUUGAAUUCUAUAUCAAGAAUUUCACCUUUUUGGGUGAAUACUCCAACGUCAAACUGGAGUGAGGAAGCUUAUUUCAUUUCGGCAGGCUUUCAAGAUCUUAAAACAGCUCAACAAAGUCUGUUGAUUCAAUACAAUUUAAUGAAGAAUUUUUUCAGUGUUAUUUCUUGUCCUGAAUACGAUCUUGUCCAAGAAAGGUUAAAUAAUUGGAAGAACUCAAAAGAAAGGAAAAAAACUUGGGAAAAUGUAAAAGAAAAUAUAGAAAUACAUAACCAACAGCUGAAAUUAAAUCUACUUAAA